UACGCUACCCCCUCUCCAAGGUACAGUAUAUGGAUAGCUAACCCUUGCUCAUGAUGCGGUCUCUUAUACAGUUGCGGAAUACAAAUGCCAGUUCCUCCCAUGAUCUACCCAGCCGCUCGUCUGAGGCUGCUAUUGCAGUCAGUCUGGACGGAUGUCGGCCUCCGUCCUCUUCAUAGUUCUCCAUGAGAUCAUGUUCAAGUUUUUGAUGUCAUCCCGCCAUCAUGACAAGAUGCAUCCAGCUUACUACCUUGGUACUUGGAGAACUUUGGCUACAAUGUGCCUUCCGUGCAUACCUCAAGGUAGUAUCAAGAUACCCUCCUAGCAGGCAAGUGGGCAGGCGCGAACAAUGCAGCGGCAGGUGCAGCGGUCUGUCAAGGUAAGGUACAUUUAGGUAGUACACGAUUCCCCCUCCUCGCAGUUCCUUACCAUUGCAUGACAUCCCAUCAUCUUCCAUCUCCAAGUUCAUUGCGAACGUCCCUUUGCAGCUGUACUACGUGCACCAACCGCAUCAACCUGCACAAUGCAAUCACCAAAUCGUCUACUCGCACUUCGCCGCCUGCCUGUGACGGUGGCCACACGUUCACCAUGUUCCAUCCGCAUCCGCACCUUCACCUUCGCAACUCCCCUGCGAACGGGAGGCCCAACAUCAGGCCCUUCCAAUGACUUGCACAAGAACAAAGACGACAAAUCCAAACCCAUGCCGGAACACCCCGACAAUGACGACACAUUCGCCAACAAGGUCGAGACCAAGAUCGGAGAGGCCAGCGAUAUCUCGGUGGACAAGAGCGACCCGGCGAAGAUGGCCGAUCAGGCGGAGAAAAUGAUGCCCGGUGGCGGCGGCAGUAACAGCAGCAGCAGUGAUGACAAUUUGGAUCCGGAUCCUCAGCAAAACAAGACUUUUGCCCAGGACAAAUGAGUCCUAGAACCAGAGUCCAAUAAUGGCGGUCGCCAGAGUAUGUACAACAGCAAAAACAAAAACGACAGUAGUGUGCAUUCAGUGAGAUGCAAAACAAUUAUAUUGAAUCUUGAAACUAAAAGGUUAAAAGCAUGCCCGGUUUUCGUGAAUGGCGUGCAACUUGCACCGGGUGCAGUGGGAUGGGAAGCAAUGCCUGGGAACGAGAACUUGAAGGUCCCCACAAAAAGCCCUCUCAGGCUGUAGGCCGGAAAUGAAAUGCCAGUGACAACUUGAAGGCUCCAAUGCAUGGUAGCAUAAUACCUAGCGAACACUCGGAGUAUGGAUGGAAACUGCAGAGUGACUACAGUAGCUGUAGCUCUCUCCAUCCUACCACUUGAGAUGAUUGAGAAGAAAAAACACCAAUAUGUCAAACGACACUCGAGUUCUGUUCCUGAAGUUAAAGAGGAAUCCACGAAACAGAAUUGUCGAGCUUAUCCAGGUAUGGUACGAUAUGCAACUACUACUAGUACCAGUCGAAUGGUUGGCCGAAUCACAGAGUCGGAGCUGGAGUCAUGUUAUUCUUUUUAUCCUACGACAUGUUGCCGUUGAUGGGUCGGGAUCUCAGGGCAGAGAGAUGUCCAGCUGGAGAGAUGUCAAGGUGGAGAGAUGUCAAAGCAGAGAGAGGUCAAGAUAGUUAUUGUUUGUACGCCUGAUCUGAUCCAAGAUACCUUACUAUUACAGCGGUCACCAUUCAGCCGAGCCGCUCGCUGGCAGCAACCACAAGAUUACCGGGUAUCACGAGGUUUCUGAACUAAGUCAGCUUCAACGUCCUCAGAAUAACAUCCCUCAACACCCCCGGUGUUGAAUGUCUGCUCGGCUCAAACUUUCUAGCUCGCCAAACUACAAUCCCAUCCGGCCGAACAAAUACGGCGCCAGUAUGUUCGACGCCGCGAAGAGAUGCCCAUUUGCCAUCGAUGUCUCGCCAUAAUGUAUGCUCACUGGCACUCUCAUCAGCACUCUCAUCACCGGC